AGAGUGGACAGCCUGAAUGUGUGUGUGUGUGUGUGUGUGUCUUCUGGAACAGGUUUUCCCACAUCAGAGACACUCCACCCAGUCCCGACUGGGACUUAAAAGGCCACGUUCCCACUCAGGUCAGGCUUGCUGCUCCAUAAUCUCCCAUAGUAUCCUCAACCUGGUCACCAUUCUCUAUUCCUUCGUUCUCCAUCUCGUCUGCAUUGAGCCAUGAGUCUGAGGAGCAAGCGCAUCAGUUCCAGCAGUUCCGUGCGAAGCAGCGGAAAACUUGGGGGCUUUGGAUACAGUGGGGGUUUCAGUGGGAUGUCUCUGGGAGCCUCGUCACCCGGCUUCAGCACCAGCAGCACAUACCUGGGUGCUCCCAUAGGCAGUGUUUCGGUCAACAAGAGCUUACUAGCCCCCCUCAACCUGGAGAUUGACCCAAACAUCCAGAUGGUGCGCACCCAGGAGAAGGAGCAGAUCAAGUCCUUGAACAAUCGCUUCGCCUCCUUUAUUGACAAGGUGAGGUUCCUGGAGCAGCAGAACAAGAUGUUGGAGACUAAGUUUGACCUGCUGCAGUGCCAGAGCCCUGGCAGGUCUAACAUCGAGCCCAUGUUCGAGGCCUAUAUGGCUAACCUGCGCAGACAGCUUGACGUGGUCAACAACGACAAAAUCAAGUUGGAUGGCGAGUUGAGGAACAUGCAGGGGCUGGUGGAGGACUUCAAGCACAAAUAUGAGGAUGAGAUCAACAAGAGGAACAACCUGGAGAAUGACUUUGUGAUUCUGAAAAAGGAUGUGGACUCUGCAUACCUGGUGAAGGCUGAUCUGGAGGACAAAGUUGGAGCUUUGACUGAUGAGAUCAAUUUCCUCAGGAGCAUUUAUGAUGAGGAGCUGCGUGAGAUGCAGGCCAGUAUCAAGGACACCUCAGUCAUAGUGCAAAUGGACAACACUCGUAGCCUCAACAUGGACCAGAUCGUGGCUGAGGUUAAGGCCCAGUAUGAGGACAUUGCAGCCAAGAGCCGUGAGGAGGCAGAGUCUUGGUACAAGUCUAAGUUUGACCAGAUGGCUAGCCAGGCCUCACAGUAUGGAGAUGAGCUGAGGAACACCAAGGGAGAGAUUGCAGAGCUCAACCGCAUGAUCAGCCGCCUGCAGAGUGAGAUUGAGGCUGUCAAGGCUCAGCGCGCUAACCUGGAGAACCAGAUUGCAGAGGCAGAGGGCCGUGGAGAGCUGGCUGUGAAGGAGGCUAAAGCUCGGAUCCGGGAUCUGGAGGAGGCCCUGCAGAGAGCCAAGCAGGACAUGGCCCGCCAGCUCCGCGAGUACCAGGAGCUCAUGAAUGUCAAACUGGCACUGGACAUUGAGAUUGCCACCUACAGGAAGCUGCUGGAAGGCGAGGAGGACAGACUUGGACAACAGGCCAUUGUCAACAUCCAAUCCAUGCCCAAUUACAACGCCAAAGGUAUGAACGGCUACCAGCAGAUGAGUUCUUCAUCCCCCAAAAUACUCAUUAAAACCACUGAGACCAGAGACAACACCAGAUUCAGCACACACUGAAAUCCCAACCUAAAGUAAACAAACAGCUUGUUUUAAAUAGCUUGAAGAAACUGCUUUAACUAUAAGAGUAGUUUUAUAAUCACUUUGUUACAAGAAGCUUUAUUGGUUGAUUUUCUGGAUGAAUGAAGCUGAUUUAAUUGUUAUCCACAUUAAUAUCAAUGAAAGAAAAUACUGUGAACUGUAUAACUGAUUAUAUGUAAUGAAACAUGUACCUAUUAAACAUUACUUACUCAGUGACUGAA